AUGAUUGACUAAACAAGUCCUUAAUCGACCACCACUCAAAAAUUGUGUUUAAGAUUAGGUUAUGAUCCAAACGAUCUCAUUUAUAAGUUUAUUUCAACUCCAUAUAUUAGAUCGAUUGAGUAGUUUCCAUCAGUUUCGCCAGAGGUUCAAAUGAUGAGAUACAAUCAUUAUAAGAAUAGAGUAAUGAGUAAAAUCCCCCAAAAUAAAAAUAGGAAUCAUCAAUGAGAUAUAAACGAAUAAACAAAGGCACAAAUUAGGAGAUCAAUCACUUAAGUAAAUAGCCUUCAAUCAAUAAGAGAAUAAGUAUUAAUUCUGAGUGAUUUUAGUUUCUCGAAUAUCAGUGAAGAAAGUGUUGUUAUUUAAGAAAAAAAGGAGAAAAAAAGUUUAUCUAGACAAAAAAUAUUGCAAAAUCUGAUUUACUAAUAGUUAUAGGAGGAAAAGAAGAAUGUUGAGUAUCUUUAAAAACAAAAUUAAAAGUUACAGAAUCAUCAGAAUAUAUAAUUGAGAAAAAGUGAAACUAGUUUUUCCAAAUAGAGGGUAAGAGAUACCAAUAAAAACAAAUCUACUGAGCAGACUGAUGAAAUGGAGAAAAGAAAUCAAUAUUUAAUUACUUGUAUUGAAAAUGAGUCCAGAAUUUAAGAACAAUUGCAAGGAAGAUUCCUAAAAAAGCAUUUCAAACAUGAUAAUUACACUGAAAGGGCUUACGAGAAGAGAAGACAACAGGAGAAUUAGUUUUAAUAAACCAUUACUGAAAGAUUGAACAAAUUACAAUUAAAAGGUAUGCAUGAUUUAAUCAAGAAACCUAGGCUUAAACAAAGGUUGAGUUAUAUAAAAAAGACAUGAAAAAUUACUUUGCCCAAAAAAACAAUUAGAUUCUUUUCAAAUAAGAAAAGAAAUCUCAAAUAAUGUAAUUUGAGUAAUAGCAAUACAUUAAAGAACAAUGUGAAAAAAUGAAGAAAUUCUAAGAAAAUAAGUCUUAAUUGAUUCUAGAUGAAAAGAAGAAAAUUAAUGAGAGAAAAGAAAAGUAUAUCAAAAUGCUCAGAAAAUGUAAAGAAAGCAACUAUGAAUAAUAAAAUGUAUUAGUAUUGUUUAAAUAAGAAACAUUAAGAAGGGUUCAGCAACACCUACUAAUAAUUAUUAAAGAAACAAGAACAAGUAAUAUUAAAUAAGGAGAAAUUGCUGGAACAGAAAUCCUUAGUACUCAAAGAUAAAUUAUAAUUGAAUUUGGAGGAUGUGGAAUUCAAUAGAGCUCAUGCUCAAAGGGUCAAACUAAACACUUAGAUUAAAUAAAAUAACAAUAAGGAUGCAAAGUCACAAUAAUCAACUCGAACCUCGGAUACAUGGAAACUGAAGUCUUAAUUGACACAAAAGGAAUCAGAAAACUCAUUAUGGGAAAAAGCAAAGCAGGCAGCUUCUUUAUUUAAAGAUCCAAUAUAUUAUGAAUAAUAUGUUGAAUAAUAACAAUUGGUUUUGCUUAAAAAGAAAAAGUCGUUGGAUUAAAAGUUCGCUUCGGCUGCUUCAAUAAUCAAGGAAAUCUUGCCUAAGCAUGAAGCGGAGAAAUUACUUAUGCCAUCGGAAUUGAAAAAUUUUCUUGAAUAACAAGGUCGUAUAAAGACUUAAAAGUGAG